CUUUCAUUAUCUUGUUUGUCUUUCACAGGGUGAAGUGAAGGAUUAGUUUCCCAGUUGAACUACUAUGAGGUCAGAAGCCUUGCUGCUAUAUUUCACACUGCUAUACUUUGCUGGGGCCGAUUUCCCAGAAGAUCCUGAGCCAAUCAGUAUUUCGCAUGGCAACUAUACAAAACAGUAUCCAGUGUUUGUGGGUCACAAACCAGGACACAACACUCCACAAAGGCACAGACUUGACAUCCAGUUGCUCAUGAUAAUGGACAGAACCCUCUACGUUGCUGCUAGGGACCAUAUUUAUACUGUUGAUAUGGAUUCAUCACACACAGAAGAAAUUUAUUUUAGCAAAAAAUUGACAUGGAAAUCCAGACAGCUUGAUGUAGAUACAUGCAGAAUGAAGGGAAAACAUAAGGAUGAAUGUCAUAACUUUAUUAAGGUUCUUCUAAAACGAGAUGAUGAUACAUUAUUUAUUUGUGGGACGAAUGCCUUUAGUCCUUCCUGCAGGAAUUAUAAGAUGGAUACUUUGGAAUUUCUGGGAGAUGAAUUUAGUGGAAUGGCUAGAUGUCCUUAUGAUGCAAAGCACGCCAAUGUCGCACUGUUUGCAGAGGGAAAGCUGUAUUCUGCCACUGUGACAGACUUCCUUGCAAUAGAUGCUGUCAUUUACCGGAGCCUUGGAGACAGCCCGACGCUGCGGACAGUCAAACAUGAUUCAAAAUGGUUGAAAGAACCAUAUUUUGUUCAUGCAGUAGAUUAUGGUAACUAUAUCUACUUCUUCUUUCGAGAAAUUGCAGUGGAAUAUCACAGUAUGGGGAAGGUAGUUUUCCCCAGAGUAGCUCGGGUUUGCAAGAAUGACAUGGGUGGAUCCCAACGAGUCCUAGAAAAGCAAUGGACUUCCUUCCUGAAGGCACGACUGAACUGUUCAGUACCUGGUGAUUCGCAUUUCUAUUUCAACAUACUGCAGGCAGUUACCGAUGUUACCCAAGUUAAUGGCCGGGACAUUGUCUUAGCAACUUUUUCUACUCCUUAUAACAGCAUCCCUGGCUCUGCUGUCUGCGCUUAUGAUAUUCUCGACAUUGCCAGUGUCUUUAUUGGAAGAUUCAAAGAACAAAAGUCUCCAGAUUCAAUAUGGACACCAGUUCCUGAUGAAAGAGUGCCGAAACCCAGGCCAGGUUCCUGUGCAGGUUCCAGUUCACUUGAAAAAUACACAUCCUCCAAUGAAUUUCCAGAUGACACACUAAAUUUCAUCAAAACACAUUCUCUCAUGGAUGAAGCAGUACCAUCAGUUGUGAACAAGCCAUGGUUUCUACGCACUAUGGUUAGAUACCGCUUGACGAAAAUUGCUGUAGAUAAUGCUGCUGGCCCUAAUCAAAACCAUACUGUGAUUUUCCUUGGAUCAGAAAAAGGAAUUAUUUUGAAGUUCUUGGUCAGGACAGGGAACAGUGGUUUUCUAAAUGACAGCCUUUUCCUGGAGGAGAUGAGCAUUUAUAACUCUGAAAAGUGCAGUUAUGAUGGGGUGGAGGACAAGAGAAUUAUGGGUAUGCAACUGGACAAGCAAAGCCGUGCCCUCUAUGUAGCAUUUUCAAACUGUUUGAUAAGAGUGCCUCUGGGAAGAUGUGAGCGUCAUGGCAAAUGCAAAAAGGCCUGCAUAGCUUCUAGGGACCCAUACUGUGGAUGGAUGAAAGAAAGUGGAGCAUGCAUGCAGCUUCUACCUGGAGCCACAUUGGCCUUUGAGCAGGACAUAGAGCAUGGCAAUACUGAUGGCUUGGGUGACUGCCAAAAUUCGUUCGUAGCACUGAAUGACAUUUCAGCUCCUUCCUCAGACCAUGAAAUGUCUUACACUACAGUGUAUGGACACUCCAGUUCGCUACUUCCCACUUCAGACUCUCCAGCCCAACAGGGUUAUGAUGCCGGAGGGCACAUACUAAAUUGGAAGGAUCACAUUGGCUCAUCUGAGAAUACCAAUCCAUAUGUGGCUGUCUCGUCUCAUAAUCACCAAGAGAAAAAGGGAGUGAUCCGCGAGAGUUAUCUCAAGGGGCAUGAUCAGUUGGUGCCUGUCACCCUUCUGGCUAUAGCAGUCAUUCUUGCCUUUGUCAUGGGAGCCGUCUUCUCGGGGAUCAUAGUGUACUGCAUCUGUGACCAUCGGCGUCGAGAUGUGACCAUUGUGCAGAGGAAGGAGAAGGAGCUGGUCCAAUCUCGUCGAGGUUCAAUGAACAGUGUUACUAAGCUCAGUGGUCUCUUUGGAGACAGUCAGUCCAAAGAGCCAAAGCCUGAAGCCAUUCUCACCCCUCUCAUGCACAACGGUAAGCUUGCUACUCCAGGAAGCACAGCCAAGAUGCUCAUCAAAGCUGACCAACAUCAUCUGGACUUGGCUGCUCUGCCUACUCCAGAGUCCACCCCAACACUUCAGCAGAAGAGGAAGCCAAGCCGUGGCAGCAGAGACUGGGAGAGAAACCAGAAUCUCAUCAAUGCCUGCACAAAAGAUAUUCCCCCCAUGGUGUCACCUGUGAUUCCCACAGACCUUCCUCUCAGGGCUUCUCCCAGUCACAUCCCAAGUGUUGUAGUCCUACCUAUUUCUCAGCAAAGCUAUCAGCAUGAAUAUGUUGAUCAGCCUAAAAUGAGUGAUGUGGCACAGAUGGCCAUGGAGGACCAAAAUGCUACUCUUGAGUACAAAACCAUAAAAGAGCAUCUCAGUGGCAAAAGCCCAAAUCAUGGGGUGAAUCUUGUGGAAAACCUGGAUAGCAUGCCACCAAAAGUCCCCCAGAGGGAAGCUUCUCUUGGUCCCCCUGGGUCCUCUCUUGCUCAGAGCAGUCUAGGGAAGCGAUUGGAGAUGCAUUCUUCUGCUUAUAAUGUGGACUACAAGAGAAACUACCCUACGAACUCGCUUACGAGAAAUCACCAAACAUCAACACUCAAAAGAAAUAACACUAAUUCUUCUAAUUCCUCCCACCUUUCAAGAAAUCAGAGUUUUGGCAGGGGAGACAAUCCUCCUCCUGCCCCACAAAGAGUGGACUCCAUACAGGUCCAUGCUGCUCAGGGUCAGACUGUGACUGUUUCUAGGCAGCCCAGUCUCACCACAUACAACUCGCUGACAAGAUCAGGGUUGAAACGCACACCAUCAUUAAAACCAGAUGUACCCCCCAAGCCCUCAUUUUCCCCUCUUUCAGCAUCCAUGAAGUCUAAUGAUGCAUGUUCAUAAUCACCGUGGGGUGGGGGGGGACAGCUGUGGAUCAUGGAAUAACCUUAAAAACCAGGAUUCAGCAAUAGCAAUGCUAGUUUCAACUGACCAAGAAACUGCAAAGCUGAAGGACGUUCUGCUCUGGGGAAAAGUAGAAUGUUUUUUUAAGGAAUUGGGCCAUACAGUCUAUGGUUUGCAACUGUAGGACCCACCCCACAAUACAACAGCUCUUCACUCAAAAGACUAACUGCAAACAUUGAGCCAAAAGCACACACACGAAAGAUGACUGUGAUCCUUCACUUUUAACUGCACAGAGCAUCCUAGAACUGGGAAAUGAGUGCUUUGAAAGCAAAAAUGCCCUGAGAAAGGAACAACUCACAAGAGGAACCCAUUGUUUAAGCUAACUCUUACUGAACCAUGACAGACUCUUACUAUAUGCAGGUACUGUGAAAGCCCAUCAGUGUUACAGCCUUUUGAUUAUACCAGAUUUGCCAUGUUGGGCAAGAACAACUCUGUCAUAGGUUAUUGCUACUCUUCUCUCUUAAUGAAUAACAUGUGACUGUUAACGCAAGUAACUAUGAUUAUUUAUUGUUCAUCUUUUUUGUCUUUUUUUAAAUCCUAAAGAAAUUACUUAUGCCUACCAUCAUAUGAGCAACUCUUUCCAGAAGGAAAAACAAAAUACGUUGAAAAUUAUGCCUAUUUAACGUGAAACCCCCAUUAACUAGAGUAAUUAAAACUCUUUUUAUUUUUCCAAUAAAUUCACUGAGUUAAAUAAGUUGGAGAUGGAAUUCCGAACUUUUGUGUUUGAACUCUCUGAUCUCUUUCUGGAAGACAAACUAGAGGGAAAUGCUUACUUCAGUGUCGGUCCAUUCUGCAGGCUGGCUUCCAGCUUUUAAGGUCAGGUUGCAAACCAAGGAAGAAACCUCCCACUACAUCAUUUUUCCCUAAAGUUCCUUCCUUCCUAAAGUACUAAUGUCUUACAAAAUAAAUUCUUUGAACACUCCCCUUCCAU